GGCGAGCGCGCCCGGUACACCCGCCGGGACCGCGCAGGGGGCGGCGAGCGCGCCCGGUACACCCGCCGGGACCGCGCAGGGGGCGGCGAGCGCGCCCGGUACACCCGCCGGGACCGCGCAGGGGGCGGCGAGCGCGCCCGGUACACCCGCCGGGACCGCGCAGGGGGCGGCGAGCGCGCCCGGUACACCCGCCGGGACCGCGCAGGGGGCGGCGAGCGCGCCCGGUACACCCGCCGGGACCGCGCAGGGGGCGGCGAGCGCGCCCGAGGCCGCGCAAGGCACAGGGAGCGGCGAGCGCGCCCGGUACACCCGCCGGGACCGCGCAAGUGGCGGCGAGCGCGCCCAGGGGCCGCGCAGGGCGCAGGGAGCGGCGAGCGCGCCCGGUACACCCGCCGGGACCGCGCAGGGGACAGGGGGCGGCGAGCGGGGCCGAGGCGGGAGCCCCGAUGGGUGGCGGGGAGGCGCCUCCCCGACGCGCGGCCCCUCGCCGCUGACAGCCCGCUGCCCCCCUCUCUCGAUGCGGCGGCGAGGAGGAGGAGGAGGCGGCGGCGAGGAGGAGGAGAGUCGUCGCCCACAUGCGCUGCAUUAACAGGCUGUGGGCAGAGCAGCAGAAAGUGUUGGAGUUGCCUCAGUCAGUGCGCGGCGGUGCGGCGGCGGGAAGAUGGCGGACUGGAGGUGAUCGCCGAGGGCCGGCCGCACGUUUCCUCUCUUCUCCCGGCGCCGCUGGGCGGCGAGCCUCCCGCCAUCGGACACAUGCAGGCCAAAAAGCGCUACCUCUUGCUUGCGGCCGCCGCCUGCGUGCUGUUGCUCGGCUACCUGGCCGGGAGGCGUUUCGGGCGGUUGCCUACGAGUAGGACGCAGAACCGGCGCGGCGCCCCGACCGGGACCGGCUCCACAGCUGCCGCCGGCCGCUUGAGCGACUGGGCCGACCCGCUGCAGAGCUUCUGGGUGGGCGGCGAGCAGCCGGAGAACGAGGAGUUCGCCCGGCGGGGCUCUCCCCAGCGUAAGAGGGAGAUCAGCAGCAGCGUGUACAAGGGCAAGAGGUGCCGCAUGCUCUCCUGCUUCGACUUCUCCCUGUGCCACAGGAACGGUUUCAAGGUCUACAUCUACCCGCAGCAGAAAGGGGAGAAGAUGUCCGAAAGUUACCAGAACAUCCUGGCGGCCAUCGAGAGCUCCAAGUUUUACACUUCGGACCCGAGGCAGGCUUGUCUAUUCGUCCUAAGUUUAGACACUCUAGACCGGGAUCAGCUUUCGCCUCAGUAUGUGCACAAUCUGAAAAGCAAAGUUCAGAGUCUGCACUUGUGGAACAAUGGCAGGAACCAUUUGAUUUUUAAUCUUUAUUCCGGGACCUGGCCCGAUUACACCGAGGACUUGGGGUUUGAUAUCGGCCAGGCGAUGUUAGCCAAAGCCAGCAUCAGUACGGAAAAUUUCAGGAGCAAUUUUGACGUUUCUAUACCGCUGUUUUCGAAAGAUCAUCCAAGGACCGGAGGAGAGAAGGGUUAUAUGCUUUUCAGGAACAUUCCUCCCUUGACGAAGUACUUACUAGUAUUUAAAGGGAAAAGGUAUUUGACUGGGAUAGGCUCUGAUACCAGGAAUGCCUUGUAUCAUGUCCACAAUGCAGAAGAUAUUGUCCUCUUAACUACCUGUAAACAUGGAAAAGACUGGCAGAAACAUAAGGACAUGCGCUGUGACAAGGACAACGAUGAAUAUGAAAGGUAUGAUUAUCGUGAAAUAUUGCACAAUUCCACCUUCUGUUUGGUUCCAAGGGGUCGUAGACUGGGAUCUUUCCGAUUUCUGGAGGCUUUGCAGGCUGCAUGUAUUCCAGUGAUGUUGAGUAAUGGCUGGGAACUGCCAUUUUCGGAAGUCAUUGACUGGAACCAAGCUGUUGUCGUUGGAGAUGAAAGGUUGCUACUGCAGAUACCUUCUACUGUAAGGUCUAUUAAUCAGAACAAAAUCUUAGCACUUAGGCAACAGACACAGUUCUUAUGGGACGCUUAUUUUUCUUCAGUUGAGAGGAUAGUAUUGACUACAUUAGAAAUAAUUCAAGACAGAAUUUUUAACCAUAUAUCUCGCAAUGGCUUAAUUUGGAAUAAACCUCCAGGAGGAUUAUUCAGUCAGCCACAGUAUUCAACACAUCUAGGAGAUUUUCCUUUUUAUUAUUCUUAUCUAGGUAUAAUGCCUUCAACCAAGUUUACUGCCGUUAUCCAUGCAGUGACUCCGCUGGUUUCGCAGUCACAGCCAAUAUUAAAGCUUCUGCUGGCAGUAACUAAGAGUCAAUAUUGUGCCCAGGUUAUUGUGUUAUGGGACUGUGACAAACCCUUACCAGCCAAACACCGUUGGCCCUCCACUACUGUACCUGUACUGGUAAUUGAAGGAGAAAAUAAAGUUAUGAGCAGCCGUUUUCUUCCAUAUGAUGCUAUCCAUACACAUGCUGUUCUUAGCCUUGAUGAAGACACUGUUCUUUCUACUACAGAGGUAGAUUUUGCCUUCACUGUGUGGCAAAGUUUCCCUGAGAGAAUAGUGGGAUACCCAGCGCGCAGCCAUUUCUGGGACAGCACAAAAGAGAGAUGGGGUUACACAUCUAAAUGGACAAAUGAUUAUUCCAUGGUCUUAACAGGUGCUGCAUUCUACCACAGGUACUAUCAUUAUCUGUACACUCAUUACUUGCCUGCCAGUUUAAAGAACAUGGUGGACCAACUGGCCAACUGUGAAGACAUUCUGAUGAACUUCUUGGUAUCAGCAGUCACCAAGCUGCCUCCUGUUAAAGUAACCCAGAAAAAACAGUACAAAGAGACGAUGAUGCAGCAGUCGUCCAGAGCUUCCAGAUGGGCUGAUCCUGACCACUUUGCUCAACGGCAAACAUGCAUGAAUACUUUUGCAAGUUGGUUUGGAUUCAUGCCUUUAAUCCACUCUCAGAUGAGACUAGAUCCAGUUCUCUUCAAAGACCAGGUGUCUAUAUUGAGGAAGAAGUAUCGGGACAUUGAGCGACCCUAAGAAGCACAAAGCCAUUGAUUGUUGGACUGUGUUGGGAUUAAAGCCAUCCUCGGCUCAACAGGUAACAAUCUGCACAAGGUAACUCUUGGCUGUUACCCUAGGAUGCACGUGAUGUACUCUUCAGACUCGCAGCAGCUGCAAUUGGCUUAUUGACUAAUUAUGAUCUGUGCAACAAUUAGAAUUUAACUUUAUUUUUAUCGUUUUAUCAAUCUGAGAGACCGGAUUCAUUUCCUGUCAUGAGAAGUAUGUAUCAAAAGAACCAUGAACUUAGAGUGAAGAUCAAUGACAUUUUUCAUCAGCACUGUGAAGAACAAAGUGAAACACUAUUCAUUUGUUCAGAAUAGAGUGUCUUAAAUUUUGGCCUGGACAAAAAUUUAAGGCCAACUAAAUACCACUUAAGCCAAGUAUGUAUUAGGAAAAGCAAACAAUGUUUGGAAUGGCUGGCCAUCAGGCUUGUAUAGGAAUGGGCACCAGGGCAUUCAUGACUAAUGAGCAUGUAAUUGGGUUUCACCAAUAAUGACUGCCAUGUUAACUAUUAGCAUGCAAAAGAAUUUAUUUCAAAAAAAAGCAUAUACACUGUCCACUACGGGAUAACCCUUACUGUGUAUGUAGGAACACCGUGCUCCUCGGCAGUUCGGGGUGGUCUGCCACACAAAAUAGAUUGCUAAUUGAGAUGUGUGCACAUGCCUGCAUGUUAACAUGCCUUACAGGUGACCUGCUGUAUGGCUUUUACAAGGUCAAUGGGCUGACCUAUGGAAUUAAAACAUUGGCUUUGCGUGUUUUAAAGUGAAUGGCACAUAUGGUGCUCUGACAAGGGGUAGCCCCUUGUUUCUAUAUAAAGUUCUAUUUUUUAAAUGGCAAGGCUAUGUUAGCCUUUGCUCACAGGUACUUGAAUGUCUGAAGACUUGAAGGAGUGUUGAGCGUGUGGCCUUUUAAUCACUUUAUUUUGGUUAAUAAUGGUUCAACCUAGUUUUUAUAUAUGUAAUUCACUUAUUUUAAAUAGAUAUCCCAGUUCAUCUUGUGUGCUGAAUCUCCAGUCAACAUUGUCACUUCAUAAUUAAGGGUGUGAAAAUGGGCCUUGUUAUAAUGUACGUAAUCUUGUAUAUUUAUUUUGACAAUUGUGUAUAGUGUAUGGUUACAAACUGACAAAGCAAUGUGGGAAUAAUUAGAUGGAUAACUGUAAAGCAGAACAAAUUAUUUUGUAUAAGAUGUACAUUUCUGAGGUUUUCUAACAUAUUUCCAAUGUUUUUCGUAGUGUAUCAUUGCUUUAUAUAUUAAAAAAAAAAUUCCCAACUGGGCAUGACUACACACAGUUAAUGGGAUUAAUUCUACAAAGGAGUGGAAAGAAUACAAAGCCAUAUAUUUUGAUUAGCUUGCAUAACAUUGUAGCUCCAUCAAAGAUAGCCUUUGUAUAGAUAGUAUCACCAAAGACUUGUCCAUUCGAUGUGCAGAUGCUUUCAUUAAUUUAAUUGUACUUUUAGAGCCAUUUGCAAGUAUGUUUGUACCAUUGAACAUAAAUAUCUUAGAAUGGAUUUUUGUUUUAUCACUACAUUUCUGCUGCUUCUGUUAGUGUUUUUUUUGUACCUUGGGAGCAUUUGCACACUUACUGGCUGCCAUUCUUUGUCUAAAUGUACCAAUGUACACUGGUGUAAUGUCACAAUUGUUACUGGUUCUGGUGAAAGAAGUUCACAUGCUGAACUGCUGCCACUCGGGAUCCUCGACAGUUGUAGUUUUCUUUUCCCUACACGAUCUCUUCACUAUAAGUUGAUCCAUGUCAUAGAUUUGGAAUUAACCAUGUUAUUUUUUUCAUGUUUGGGACUGAUUUAGAAGCGAGGUGCUAGCUAAAGGGGUUACUGCAAUAAAAUUUAUAAACAGAGCAGAGGGUAGAGUUGCUUAAGAAGAGCUUGGUCAGUUAAGUUGGAUUAUUAUAAAUUAAGUAAAAAGAAAGCAACUUUAGAUGUUGAGCCCCAGGAUCAAUGUACGUGUUACCUUUUAACUAUCAAACUUUUCAAAUUCUGUGCUUUACUUUUUCUCCAAAUUUUCAAUUGCAUGAGUGACAGUGUAAAAUAAUACACAGUUGAAGAAAUUCCAGAAAAUGAAUAAUUUUAAAAGCUAGUGCUGAAAGCUAAUUUUUAUUUGAAAGCUGUAGACUCAAUUACUCAAAUCUUAAACUUAGCUUUAGAAUGUUACACUACUGGGUUCAAGGAGUGAAUAUUCAUCAGAAUACCUGUGAAAGUGGGUUGAUGUUGCUAUGACUAAGUUUGGGAAAAAUUGUUCCUCAAAAAUCAAAUAUUAAAACAAAAUUCAUGUGUUUACAUAGGGUUUUCUCAUCACUUUUAGGAUGUCCUAAAGUGCUUUUGAAGUACUUUUGAAAUGCAAUCAAUUUGCACACUUCAGACUUUCAAAGACAGCUUUGUGUUUAAUGACCAGAUAAUCUGUUUCAGUAGCUUUGCAUGAGGGAAAAAUAAGUGCCAUGGGAUUUUUUUUAUAUCCACCCCACCUUUUAAAUCCAAAAGUACUAUUAAAAUACAAACAGAUGAAUGGCUUUCUACAGUCACUGUAGAAGAGCUAAAUUUUGAUGGCUGGUGGUGGGCAGUGAAUUUUUUUUAAAUGAUUGCAUUUUGCUCAAUGAAUUGCAGACUAAGGUUCAGGUUUGAACAUGAAGCUUUAAAGAAUGUGCACAGAAAGCUGAAACUGUACCUCUCUGGAGCAACUCCAGUUACAUGAAAGAUGCCAGACAGAAACUUUCUUGCAAACCUUUGGUCCAAUCCUACCAUGUUCUAAAGUCUUACCUAGAGGCAGAAAUGGUUGUAUUAGGGAGAUUCAGAAUGUUAUGUAUUUAGUUCCUCUUCCCUAAGAUGCCCUUUUUGCUUUAGGAACACUGGAAUAAUUAUUAGAUGCUUUACUGACAUUCCUGGGGAGUUUUCUUUAGUCUCGAGGGUACAGGCUCUAGAGUUGCAUUUUUCUUUCUGGUUUAUUAAUUUUGCCUAUCGGUAAUGAGUUUGCACCAGACUUGAAGUAUUCCAUUAUCCCUUAAAAACCCAUCGUGCCCCAUGUUUCCAGCUCUGUAAUUAGUAUUAUGUUGGUUCAUUUUAUAGACAUAAAUAAUUACAAAACUUAGAAGAUAAAUGGA